AUUUUCUUCUCUCAUGAAGUUCUCAUAUUUUAGUUUCGUAUUUUCAUAGUGCUAGUCAAUUUUAACAUGGUAUCAGAGCCGAAAUCCUGGAAACAAAAUUCUUAGCCUUUUAUCUUUAUUACAACAAAAAAAAACUUUUUCUUUCUCUUGGUUAAAACAUGGCAGAUUUGUUGCCAUAUUCCCGCUCUUGGAUAAUCGACUCUGGAGCUAGCGAACACAUCACUUGUGACGAUACUAAUUUGGUUAAUGUCUCAAGUUCUUCCUCUCAACAACCAGUCAGAAUUCCUAACGGUGAAUUGAUUCCAGUCCAUUCCGUCGGUAGCUUGUAUUUACCAAAUGGGCUCUAUCUCCACCGCGUUUUAUAUAUCCCAAAAUUUCAGUGCAAUUUACUUUCAGCUAGUCGCCUCACAAAGGAUUUAAAUUGUACACUUACAUUUUUUCAAGAUUUAUGUGUUUUACAGGAUUUACCCUCGAAGAAACUGAUUGGGGUGGGUCGAUUUCGUGAUGGUCUUUCCUACCUUGAUUUUCAAAGGGACGAGAGGGUGGCAAUGUCAGUCUCAGUUAAUUCUGACAUUUGGCAUCAACGGUUGGGACAUGCAUCUGAUGGGAAGUUGCGUCAUAUUAGUUCUCUCAAAGGCUUUCGGGAAAGCAGCAAAUUUUGUGAUUCAUGCAUCCGAGCUAAGCAAACCAGACUUCCAUUUCCUACAAGUACCAUUAAGACUACUCGCUGCUUUGAGCUGAUACAUUGUGACAUUUGGGGAGGAUAUAGAUGUGAUUCAAUCUCUGGUGCACGGUACUUUUUAUCUAUCAUUGACGACUUCACUAGAGGUGAAGCGCAUACGGGCUGAUAAUGGUUUGGAGUUUCAAACUAAUAAUCUAUAUGAUUAUUAUGGACAAAAUGGGAUAUUGUUAGAGACAUCGUGUACAGAUACACCACAACAAAAUGGAGUUGUUGAACGUAAGCAUAGACAUAUUUUGGAAAUUGCUAGGGCUCUUCGUUUUCAAUCUGGGUUGCCUAUUGAUUUUUGGGGGGAAUGCAUCUUAACUGCUGUUUACAUAAUUAAUAGGCUUCCCUCGCCCAUCAUUUUUAACAAAAGUCCGUUUGAAAUGUUGUUCGGAAAAAUUCCUAGUUACGAUCAUUUGCGAGUUUUUGGGUGUUUGGUAUAUGCACACGAUAAUAAAAGAAAAGAUAAAUUCAGCGAGAGGGAGAGUCCUUGUAUUUUUAUUGGCUAUCCAUAUGGUCAAAAGGCUUAUAAGGUAUUUGACUUAAAAAGGCAUGUAGUCUAUAGCUCCCGGGAUGUGACCUUUUUUGAAGAAAAAUUCCCAUUUAAAAUAAAUCUUGGUGAAGAGCUUGAAUUUCCAGCAGUGGUUGAAAAAGUUUACCGAAAUGUACUUAGUUGUGAGCUUCCUGCGAUGCAGCCCCACACCUCACAUUACAGACCCAUUUUUCAUCCGGUUGUUAGUAGUGGGCAGCCCUCAUUUGGGGAGGAAGUUGACCAGCAAUUAAUAAAUCAAAAACAGCAGGAAAAAUCUCGUUCUUCUGGACCGAAGCAGACUACCACAUCUGAAGAAUUAAGUCGCGGCCCCACGAUAGAAAAAGGAAGCCACCUGCUACCCUCUGAAAUGGACACUUCACCCUGCGAUCAGCCUCUUAUCCCCCAGAUCUAUGGACAGCAACCAUCCCCCGUUGAGCAACGACACAUGACGCUGUCUUUUGGACAGCUGGAGCCUUCUCCUACCACUUUUGUGCGUGACUCAGCAUGCCAAGACUCCACAUGUGAAGUAAUAAACAAGCUGCCGACACAUGCAUCUAUCCCACCUAUGCCCAACAAUUGUGGGCAGCCAUCCAUUCACCCUGACACUUCUGGGAAGGAGACCAUUCCCAUGGGCCCCAUUAAUUCUUCAAUCCUCAAGCCAUGCAUUGCACCUGCUAGUUCUCAAUCAAAGAAGAGUGAACGGAAUCGGAAACUCCCAAAACAUCUUGCUGAUUAUGAGACUGACUUGCCCCCUUCGCUUGAUCAUUCACGAUCCACGGCCCACUCAGUUGAUUCGACGGUAUAUCCUAUUUCCAAUUUUAUUAAUUAUGAUAAAUUUUCUAAAUCACAUAAAGUUUUUUUGGCGGCCAUCACAUCACGUGAUGAGCCUAAAUAUUUUUAUCAAGCUGUACAGGAUCCUUUGUGGCGAGAGGCCAUGCAAAAGGAAGUUAAUGCCUUGGAAGAAAAUAACACCUGGACUUUGGUCCAUUUGCCACCCGGAAAAAAGGUUGUUGAUUCUAAAUGGGUUUACAAAAUUAAAUACAAGCCUAAUGGAGAUGUGGAGCGCUACAAAGCUAGGUUGGUGGCUAAAGGGUACACACAAGUUGAGGGUGUUGACUUUCAUGAGACAUUUGCACCAGUUGCCAAACUGGUUACAGUACGAUGCAUGUUGGCAGUUGCAGCCAAGCGUAAUUGGAUAGUGCACCAGUUGGACGUUAAUAAUGCUUUUCUUCAUGGAGAUCUAUCAGAAGAUGUUUAUAUGCGUAUGCCCCAGGGAUUUACCAAAAUUGGUGACACUCGUGUUUGCAAACUACAGAAAUCCCUUUAUGGGUUAAAACAAGCAUCUCGUAAUUGGUAUUACAAAUUUACUCAUGCCCUAACCAGAGUUGGCUUUCGCCAAUGUCAGGCGGACCACUCACUUUUUAUUUUCCAACAGGGUUCCAUCAUCACUUUGCCCUUAUCUAUGUUGAUGAUGUUCUCCUGGCUGGAAAUACCAUGGCCCACAUUGAUAGUGUGAAGGAUUAUUUGGAUGCAAAAUUUAGCAUUAAAGAUUUGGGAAAAUUGAAAUAUUUUCUUGGCAUUGAAGUUGCUCGCUCUCCAGAGGGUUUUGUUUUAAGCCAACGCAAGUACACUCUAGAUAUUCUAGAAGAAAGUGGCAUUCUGGGCGGUCAUCCUAGUUCAUUCCCCAUGGAGCAAAAUUUAAAACUUCGGCCGGACGAUGAUAGCCCACCAGUAGAUGCCUCUUCCUAUCGCCGUCUUAUUGGGAGACUAUUAUACCUCACAGUUACCCGCCCAGACAUUGUUUACUCUGUUAGUCAACUUAGUCAGUUCCUAAAUAAUCCUCGGCAGACCCAUCUUGACGCAGUCAUCCGAAUACUUCGCUAUCUGAAGCAGACACCUGGGCAGGGCAUUUUCUUAUCAUCUGAUAGUGAUACUACCUUAAAAGGUUAUUGUGAUGCUGAUUGGGCAGGGUGCCCUUUUACUCGUAGAUCCAACACCGGAUAUUUUAUCACUCUUGGGAACACGCCCAUUUCUUGGCGAACAAAAAAACAAUCUGUUGUAUCUCGCUCUUCCGCUGAAGCCGAAUAUCGUGCCAUGGCAGUCACUGUUAGUGAAAUUUUAUGGAUACAAUGGUUACUUCGAGACCUUACGAUCACUCAAAGUGGUCCCACACCGCUACAUUGUGAUAACCAAGCAGCUCGACACAUUGCCAUGAAUCCAGUUUUUCAUGAGCGUACCAAACAUGUUGAAAUAGACUGUUAUUUUGUACGAGAAAGAGUUGCCAGUGAUGAGAUUCAACCCAUAUCUAUUUCUACAACCAAUCAAGUUGCCGACAUAUUCACAAAAGCACUCGGUGCCGACCGUUUUCAAUUUCUCCGGAGCAAGUUGGGUGUUCGAGACCUUCACACUCCACCUUGAGGGGGAGUAUUGGAAUAUUUAAUAUUUAUGCCCUUUAAUUAUUUCUUUCACUAUUACAUGUGUAAUGUUUCAUAGUUGUAGUGCAUGGGUACGGGGGUUACGUGGUCUUGCAUGACCCAUACAUGUUACCUUGUUAUUUCUUAUCAUGUAUACUCCAGCAUAUAUACCUCACGAGAGGUUCAUAAAAAUAUACAAGAGAGUAUUUUCUUCUCUCAUGAAGUUCUCAUAUUUUAGUUUCGUAUUUUCAUAGUGCUAGUCAAUUUUAACACUUGCUGCAUUGGAGUACACUUCAAAUAGACCUUCUGUAUUUGCUGUAACAUCGUCCCCAAAUGUAUUUACUUUUAAGAAUAUAAUGUAUCGAACCUUAUGGAAUGGUUAAUGAAAAUACGAAGUGG